CUAGGACGGAACAUUUUGUUAUCUCCAACACCGCGCCAUUGCUGGGCCUGUGCACUAAACCACCUAAACAUGUUAGACAGAUUACUGUAUUUCGCCACCUUGUCUGUGAUAUUUCGUUACGUGGACAGUACUUUAUGUGGCAGACCUUUUAUCCAACCGCACGAGGUGAAAAUCGUAGGAGGACGGGUCGCCAAACAAGGAUCACUGCCAUGGAUGGCCAUGCUGAUGGAGGUCGGUGAACAAGCGUGUGGCGGCAGUAUAAUAGCAGACAAUCUCAUUCUCACCGCCGCCCAUUGUUUCGAGGAUCCUGGGAGUCUGAAUCCAACCCGAUGGGAGGUUCGUGUUGGGGCGUAUCAUGUAAACUCACGUACGACAUACGAAAGUGUCCACCAUGUUCAGAAGAUCGUAAUGCACGAAUCGUAUAACACAGUUACAGUCGAGAAUGAUGUCGCUGUUAUGGUAUUAUCUCAGAGAAUAAACUUUAAUAACAUGGUAAAACCAAUAUGCCUUCCACCAAACUCCAUCCACGUCACCGUAGGUCAGCGCUGUUUGUCUGCUGGCUGGGGUGAUACGCAAGGAACUGGUUCCAAUAACGUGCUCAAUCAGGUGUUCGUCCCAGUCCAGGAUGACAACACCUGUUUACGUAGUGACUGGUACGGACAAGAAUUUCUACCCGCCACCUCCUUCUGUGCAGGAUACGAACACGGUCAGAGAGACAGCUGCUUGGGAGACAGUGGCGGACCUCUGAUUUUUAAAUCUAACGGAACGUGGUACCAGUUAGGUAUCACCAGCUGGGGGUAUGACUGCGCCCAACCGAAGAAACCCGGGGUUUACACUGACGUCACAGAAUACAAAUCAUGGAUUCAACAUCAGGCAACCUUAAACGGAGCUCAUAUUAUUACAAGUGACGGACCAGACCUCACUUGCCAACAGAUGACCACGAUGAGGACAUUAAUUGUAUUUGGACUGCUUACUCUGGCUUUCGCCAAACCCGGAGGCAGGAAGCCACAGGGACAAGCUGUUAGCCUACAGAACAUCAACACAAGCGGAUGUGGUACACAAACAUAUCUGCCGUCCUCUACUUACAUUGUCGGUGGGUCCGAGGCAACACCUAACAGCUGGCCAUGGAUGGCUCUUCUGGAAUACAAUGGAUACCAUGUUUGCGGUGGCACCUUGAUAUCCGACAGACACGUGUUGACGGCGGCUCACUGUGUCGAAGGGACAAUGGGGGUGGCUUCCAAAUGGACAGUUCGAUUGGGUGUUCACGACAAAACUGGGACAGGUUCCACGGAGCAGAGCUCUUCAUUAAGGUCCAUUACCAGUCAUCGAAGGUACAGCAGUGCCAACAUAAACAAUGAUAUCGCCAUAAUGGAGCUCAGCAGCCCCGUCACUCUCAAUGAUUACGUCACACCUGUCUGUAUAACUGAGACGGACGUGGCGGCGGGUACUAACUGUGUAUCAACAGGCUGGGGAGAUACCCAAGGGACGGGAUCAUCGGACGUGUUGCGACAGGUAACUGUACCUAUCAUUUCCCAGCAGACUUGCUCCAGUAGUCAGUACUACGGCAGUUAUCUGGACACUAAAACCAUGAUCUGUGCCGGUUUUCCACAGGGAGGCAAGGAUUCCUGUCAAGGAGAUAGCGGUGGACCAUUGGUGUGUCCUACUUCCGGAAAUACUUGGGCUCUUACAGGUGUUACAAGUUGGGGGUUCGGGUGUGCCGAGGCCUACAGCCCUGGUGUCUAUACCCGUGUGUACAACUACAUCAGCUGGAUCUCAAACAACAUGUAAUAACUGUUCUUAUAUUUGUAUCGAAAUAAACAUCACAUACCCCAGAGA